AUGCUCCUGUCCCUGGCGCUCCUGCUGGCUGCCCUUGCCCUGGGGACCGGGGCCCCCCUGCCAAACGGGCACAACCGCAGCAAACUCCUCCUGGUCUCCUUCGAUGGCUUCCGGUGGAACUACGACCAUGACGUGGACACCCCGAACCUGGACGCCAUGGCGCAGGAGGGUGUGAAGGCGCGUUACAUGACGCCCGCCUUUGUCACCAUAACCAGCCCCUGCCACUUCACGCUGGUGACCGGCAAGUACAUCGAGAACCACGGGGUGAUCCACAACAUGUGGUUCAACACCACCUCUGGGAAGAAGGUGCCCUAUUACGGCACCCAGGGCAUCUCGGCGUGGUGGGAUAAUGGCAGCCUGCCCAUCUGGAUCACAGCACAGAGGCAGGGCUUGAGGACAGGCUCCCUCUUUUUCCCGGGGGGCAACGCGACGUACCAGGGGGAGCAGGUGAGCGUGAAGAAGGUGGAGUCGCUCGGGCACAAGUACGACAACGAAACCGAGUGGAGGCAGAACAUCGACACCGUCAUGAAGUGGUUCACGGAGGAAAACCUCGACUUCGUCACGCUCUACUUCGGGGAGCCCGACUCCACGGGCCACAAGCACGGCCCCGAGUCCCAGCAGCGCAAAGACAUGGUCAGCCAGGUGGACCGAACCGUCGGGUACCUACGGCAGCGCAUCCAGGAAAGCGGCCUGGAGCCGAGACUCAACCUCAUCAUCACCUCCGACCACGGCAUGGAGACGGUAAUAAAGCAGGACGAGAUAUACCUCCGGAAUGUGUCUAACUUCUCCUUCCAGGAUAUCCAGUUUGAGCUCUUAGACUAUGGCCCCAAUGGGCUGCUGGUGCCGAAAGAAGGAAAGCUGGAGCAGGUGUACCAGGUGCUGAAGGACGCGCACCCCCGGCUGCACGUCUUCAAGAAGGAGGAGUUCCCCAGGAGGCUGCGCUACGCCGACAACUCCAGGAUCACCCCCCUGCUGAUGUACAGUGACCCGGGAUACGUGAUCCACGGGAGAAUCAAAGUGCAGUUUAACAAAGGGGAGCACGGCUUCGACAACAAUGCCACGAACAUGAAAACCAUCUUCCGGGCGGUGGGACCGGCCUUCCAAGUGGGGCUGCAGACGGAGCCGUUCGAGAGCGUGAACGUCUACCCGCUCCUGUGCGAGCUGCUGGGCAUCACGCCGGAGCCGCACGACGGCUCCCUGCACGUCAUGAUGCCCAUGCUGAGAAAUGCCACAAGCACGGCCACCACCACUGCCAUUUCCAGUGCAGGCACGGCCACCACCACUGCCGUUUCCAGUGCAGGCACAGCCACCACCACUGCUGUUUCCAGUGCAGGCACGGCCACCACCACUGCCGUUUCCAGUGCAGGCACGGCCAACAGCACUGCCGUUUCCAUUGUAGGCACGGCCACCACCACUGCCUUCUCCCAUGUAACAACAGACAGGAAGGAUGAAGGCUUGCAAGGUGGGACACGAGCAAAGGGGCCGCUGCUUUGGGGUGGGAGCAUGCAGGGCCGCCUCAAGCUCCCAGACGAGGCGCGGGCUGCAAUCCCGGCAGCGGGCAGGCGAUGGCCCCCGAGCCGUGCCGAUGUCAGGCUCCAAGCCCUUGGGGAAAGCCGUGUGCAGCUGCAGGGUCAGGAGGCGAGAGCAGCUUAUAAUAAAGCCGUGUCCAGGAACAUUUCAUUGAAUGUUACACUUGUAGGUACAGUUGCCAUGGAAGCCAAAGUUACCUUGGGCUCUUCCCCUUCUGGCGAGCACACGGCAUUGUUUCCCGGAGGUAAUAAACCCCCCGGCGCCGCCGUGAUUUAUACGGCGAGGAACUCCCGGCACUCCCCGUGCUGUUCAGCGAUGAACAAAGUGCCACAGCCUUGCCCCCAUGCACACCAGGGCCCUAGACCCCACAGCUCCUGCCUUUCGGGGGUGGCGGCUGCCGGGGCUUUCACACCUGGCACACCUGGAUGUGGCUUUGGGGCAGGGCCCCACAACACAGAGCUUCAAAUCCUGGGGGAAAGCUGGAAAUUUGGAUUCAGCUCCAAAUCUGAGCUUCGCAGCGCGGGUCCACCUGUCUGAGCAGGGUGGUGGCACUCACGAGGCCCUGGCAGAGCUCAGAGGGUGCUGAGCCGGGACGCGCUGGUGCUUAGUCCAUAGAGCAGUGCCUACUUCCAGCAGCUAAGGAUGGGCGCGUCAGU